AUGACUGCCGUGCUAAGAUCCACGACUUUCUUGAAUUAUAAAGUUACUACAAAAGAAAAAGUUCACGAUUAUUUUAAUAAUAUAGAGGCCAGGUAUUGGCAGCUAAAACACUACCUGAGUUUUCGUUUGAAAACCGAUGAGCAAAUAUUAUCUUGGAACACAGUUUAUAACGAUUGGCAACAGUCACUCGUCUUUAUUAUCAAAAACAAUACUAAAAAUGCCCCAAACUCUAUAUCCAGCUUUUGUAAAGAUCUAUAUAAUAUUUGUGAUACCUUUGAGGGUGUCAUUGUACGCCAAAGCUGUGAGAAGUUUUAUAACGAAUUUUAUCAACGGAAUAUUGACCUGCAAUUUGCUGAGAGACGUCGGCUUCUGGAAUCAACUAUAUUUUCAGAACAAAAGUUUACAGAAUUCUUAGAAGCAUCGAGCAAAAAGCGAAUAAGGGAGGACAUUGAAGAUGCGUCAUCCAAUGAAAAACGAGUUCGUCACAAUGAAUAUAAUGUGGAUGAUUUCGCACCUGAAUUGCCCCAAAAUCACGACGCAGAAGAAAGUAAAGACAAUGAGACGUUUGAUUUACCUAACAAUCAAGAUGAUGUUGAAUAUGUUGAAGUCAAAAAUCUUUUAGACGAAUCAGAAAUCUGUUUACCGGAAUUCAGCACAAUUUUAACCGAUUUUAGAACUUACCAACGUGAAGUAAAGAAUAUCCUUUCGGAAAACGAAAUAAUGGAUUUAAGUCCAUCCUCUGAGUUCGUUCUCUUACAUCUAGAAGAAAUGAAAUAUGUCUCAUUAAUUAAAAAGAAAUUGAGCGAACAACAAUGGGAAGAUAAAAUCGAAAGUUUGAUGGAAGAUAACUCAAAGCAAAAUAAAUUUACCACAAAAUUAAAAAGAUUAAUAAUAGAAACAUUGCCGAUUUUUUUUGACUCCUACAAAUUAAUGUCUGAUAAUCCACUUAAAAAUAAAGAAAUGACUGAAGAGGAAUAUAUGAAUACCUACAUUCAUCCAAUUUUAAAAAAAGCAUUGAUCCGGUUUUCUGACAUUAGAUACGUUCCAGGUAGCAAGGCUAUCAAAGCCUCCAUGUAUCGAAAAACUGUAAUGAACCAGAAAGGAAAUGCGGAUCGAGCGGAUGGCAUGGCGUAUACGUCAAACCAACAAAAUUCAUUUGAAAUAUCUGUCACAGAAGGGAGCCGGCCAUAUGUUACUGAUAAAAAUAAAGAAACAUGUGAUUUCAUUCAAAAUGCAAGAGCUGCAAAGGAUAUGAUUAACUUUGCUGUAACACAAGAAGUAUUGAAUAAACGGUCACUUCCAUCGUAUUUUCGAACAUUUAUGGUUCAAGUUUUUGAGUUUAACCUGCGGUUCUAUUUCAUGGAUUAUCUCACCCAGUAUUCUAUCUUCGAAAUCGAAACAUCCGAAAUACCUACGGAUUGGAAGGAAACCCUGCAAUUUACUUCUUUUUAUAGGGCAAUUGUAACAUGGGCGUUAUUGGUUGGGGAAGCCGACAAAAAAUUUCAGGAAUCCAGAAAUAAAAGGAGUUCACGCCUAAGCAACUGUCAUAACCUUAGAAAGUUGUUAAAGCUUUCACAUAACAAAGAUCGAGGUGGCGCAAAGAAGGAUAUGAUUAUGACUAAACCUAUCUAG